AUGGCCAUUGGAUCCAGCAAUUGUGAUGGCCGUAUGGUUUCCCAUCACUUGGGCACAAACCAUUGUCAUGGCCUCGCAUUGAGUUGGAUUUACCUAAAGUCGCUACAUAAAAACGCUACCUUUCCCGGCAUGAUAGAGGAACCAGGCUCGUUCUCCGGCAACGAUAUUUCUCCGAGGCCCGAUCUUGGGCCGCUUCCAACGUAUUUAGGAUCCCAGAAACUUCCACCAGAGUGUCAUGAGUGGCUAAUGCUUCAAACUAUUUGCCUCAUGAGAACGUCCAAAAAUAAAACCUUAUUUUUUGCAGUGACAAAUGGGAUUUCCGUAAGGACAGAAAUCUCGGCAGCAAUUUCUUGGUCAAAUCCUUUAAACGAAUUCAAGCCCUAA